CAUUUUUUCUACAUACAAAAAACAGCAACAACGCGACAAUUUAGAGCACACAGCGAGAGCAGCAAUAAAUUCGAGAGUAUGAGUAUGGCUACAAGCGGAAUUGUCGAGUCAUUUCCCACUGGUGCCCUGGUGCCCAAGGCGGAGACAGGAGUCCUAAAUUUUCUGCAAAAGUAUCCCGAAUACGACGGUAAAGAUGUAACAAUUGCCAUAUUUGAUUCCGGUGUGGAUCCUCGGGCUACCGGACUUGAGACGCUUGUCGAUGGUAAAACGAUUAAAGUGAUUGAGCGCUACGACUGCUCGGGCUGCGGCGACGUAGAUAUGAAGAAGAAGGUCACUCCAGAUGAGAAUGGAACGCUGAAGGGUCUGUCUGGCACCACUUUGACGCUCAGUCCCGAGCUGCUGGCCCUAAACACGGACGCCGACAAGGCGGUUCGCGUGGGAUUGAAGUCUUUCGGGGAUCUGGUGCCGUCCAAGGUGCGCGACAAUAUUGUAGCCCAGGCGAAGCUGAAGCACUGGGACAAGCCCCACAAGAUUGCCACGGCCAAUGCCAGUCGCAAGAUAUCUGAAUUCGAGUCACAAAAUUCAGGUGAAGCCCCAAAGCUGCCGUGGGACAAGAAAAUCAUCAAAGAGAACCUAGACUUUGAGCUGGAGAUGCUCAAUAGCUAUGAGAAGGUCUACAACGACGUUAAAACCUCGUACGACUGUGUCCUCUUUCCCACGGCCAACGGGUGGCUAGCGCUCGUCGACACCACGGAGCAGGGAAACCUGGAUCAGGCCCUGCGCAUUGGCGAGUACUCGAAGACGCACGAGACCCAGAACGUAGACGACUUCCUGUCGAUAUCCGUGAACGUUCACGAUGAGGGAGAUGUGCUGGAAAUCGUGGGCAUGUGCUCGCCUCAUGGCACCCACGUCUCGUCGAUUGCCAGUGGGAACCACAGCUCCAGGGACGUUGAUGGCGUUGCACCAAAUGCCAAAAUCGUGUCCAUGACCAUCGGAGAUGGGCGCCUGGGAUCCAUGGAGACAGGCACUGCUCUGGUGCGGGCCAUGACGAAGGUAAUGGAGCUGUGCCGCGAGGGCAGACGCAUCGAUGUGAUCAACAUGAGCUAUGGCGAGCAUGCCAACUGGUCGAAUUCCGGCGAGUUUGAUGAUAAGCGUCGAAGGGUAAAGAAGAAUAGUGGGUGUUCGAGCCGCGUUGGCGACCUAAUGAACGAGAUCGUGAACAAGUAUGGCGUUGUCUGGGUGGCCUCCGCUGGCAAUCAUGGUCCAGCGCUUAGCACGGUUGGCACCCCGCCCGACAUCAGCCAGCCCAGCCUGAUUGGCGUGGGUGCGUAUGUCUCGCCCCAGAUGAUGGAGGCCGAGUAUGCCAUGCGGGACAAGCUGCCCGGCAAUGUGUACACCUGGACGUCGCGCGAUCCCUGCAUCGAUGGCGGCCAGGGCGUUACGGUCUGUGCACCCGGUGGAGCCAUUGCCUCCGUUCCACAGUUCACCAUGAGCAAGUCGCAGCUGAUGAAUGGCACCAGCAUGGCCGCCCCCCACGUGGCCGGUGCGGUGGCUCUGCUCAUCUCCGGGCUCAAGCAGCAGAACAUCGAGUAUUCGCCGUAUAGUAUUAAGCGAGCCCUUAGCGUCACUGCCACCAAACUGAGCUAUGUGGAUCCCUUCGCCCAGGGUCACGGACUGCUGAAUGUGGAGAAGGCCUUCGAGCAUUUGGUGGAGAAUCGUCAGUCCAAGGAUAAUAUGUUGCGGUUCUCAGUUCGCGUGGGCAACAACAUGGCCAAGGGCAUCCACGUACGCCAGGGCGUACUCCGUAAUUUCAUCGAUUACAAUGUCAACAUUGAGCCGGUCUUUUUCAACGACAAGGAGACGGAUCCCAAAGACAAGUUCAACUUCAAUGUGCGUCUGAAUUUGAUAAGCUCGCAGACGUGGGCGCAGUGUGGCUCCUUUCUGGAUCUCAGCUAUGGCACUCGCUCAAUUGUCGUUCGCAUCGACCCCACGGGACUUCCUCCAGGCGUACAUAGCGCAGUUAUUCGAGCCUACGACACGGACUGUGUCACCAAGGGGCCUCUCUUUGAGAUCCCCGUGACGGUGGUGCAGCCCCAUGUCCUGGAGUCUGAUCUGAACACGCCAAUCUUCGAGCCAGCCUCAUCCAAGGGGGACAAAAGCGUUGAGUUCCAGCCGAAUACCAUACAGCGGGACUUUAUCUUGGUGCCAGACCGUGCCAACUGGGCAGUGCUGCGCAUGCGCAUAACCGAUCCCAAUCGUGGAAAGGACACGGGAAAAUUCUUCCUACACACCAACCAAUUGCUGCCAAAGCAGUCGUGCCGGAAGAGCGAGACCAUGAAGAUCAUUUCCGUCAGCUCGGACCAUGAAUCGACCACCACCUUCAAGGUGAAGGCUGGCAAGAUUCUGGAGCUGUGCAUAGCCAAAUAUUGGUCCAACUAUGGCCAGAGUCACUUGAAGUACAGCCUGGAAUUCCGUGGCGUGGAGGCCUACAAUCCCAAUGCAUAUGUAAUGCACGCUGGCAAGGGGAUUCACAAGCUGGAGAUUGAGGCCCUGGUGGCGGAGGAUAUCCAGCCACAGCUGCAACUGAAGACUGCCGCCGUUGUGCUGAAGCCCACCGAGGCAAAGAUAUCGCCAUUGAGCGCCACCCGCGAUGUCAUACCAGAGGGACGACAGGUGUACCAGAACCUGUUGGUGUACAGUCUGAACGUGGCCAAGGCGGCGGAGGUGUCCUUCCAUGCACCGAUCUUCAAUGAUUCGCUGUACGAGUCGGAGUUCGAGUCCCAGAUGUGGAUGCUGUACGAUGGCAAUAAGGCCAUGGUGGCCACCGGCGAUGCGCACUCGCAGAACUUCUUCACCAAGCUGGAGAAGGGCGAAUACACCAUCCGGCUGCAGGUGCGGCACGAGAAGCGCGAUCUGCUGGAAAAGAUUUCGGACGCCAAUAUGGUGGCCUCGUUCAAGCUCGUUAACUUCCUCAAUCUCGAGUUCUACGAGAACUACAAUCAUUGCAUUGUGGGAGGACGCAAGCUGGCCGCGGCCUUGGUACGGCGAUCCACUCGAGUGGUGUACGUGGCUCCCAUUAGCCAGGAGCGGCUUAACAAGGCCAAUCUCCCGGCCCAGUGUGCCUGGCUGUCUGGCAACCUGAUCUUCCCCAAGGACGAGGCAGGCCGUCGUGUGGCCAUUCAUUCAUUCAAUUACAUCCUCAAUCCUGCCGAGAAGAAGACAAAUUCAUCUGGCAACGGCAACAACUCUGGCACUGCCAUUGCAGCAGCAGCAGCGGCAGCACCCGCUGCUGUCAGCGCCAAUACAGCCAAGCCAAAGGCUCCGGCCACUCCGCAGGCAGCCAAGUCCGUCCUUCCGGCCCAUUCAGCAGCCGGCGAUGGAGUUGCCACGCAGACGGACACUCCACCGGAGGGAAAUGGCAGUCCCGUCUCGCCCAAGAAGGGGAAGACUAAUUCGGAUGAAUAUGCCGAGAUAUUGCGUGACUUCCAGUGCACGCACAUAGUCAAGUGUGAACCGGAAAUGGCCGAGAAGAUCUACAACGAGGUGGUGGAAGCCCAUCCCAAGCAUUUACAGGCCCAUCUGCUGCUCAUCCAGAACAUCGAGGCAGCGCAGCUGAAAUCGGCUUUUCCGCUGACAUUUACGAAUUGCCAAAAGAGCGAGAAGCCCGAGGGGGACAAUGCCGACCAGCAGAAGGAAGAGCAGAAGAAGCUGCGCAGUGCCCUGGAGCGCGUCAUCAAGCUGGCCGAUAAUGUGAUUGUGGAAACGGAUGCGGAGUCAUUGCUCUCCUACUACGGGCUCAAGAACGACACUCGUCCCGAUGCGGCCAAGAUCAAGACCAACAUGGACAAGCAGAGAAACAAUCUCAUCGAAGCAUUGAGCAAGAAGGGCAUAGCCAUUGCCAAGUUGGCUGUCCUGGAUGAGAGUCUGAAGGAUCGGCUGGCCGAAAUAAACGAAGUGUACACGGAUAUUAUCAAGUUUGUGGACGCCAACGACUCGAAGGCUAUACAAUUUGCAUUGUGGCAUGCCUACGCCCAUGCACACUAUGGACGCAUGUACAAGUACAUUGUGAAGCUGAUUGAAGAAAAACGCACACGCGAGCAAUACGAUGAACUGGCCGCCAUCAACAGUGCCUUGGGGCACGAGCACAUUACGGUAGUUAUUAAACGCAUGACGGUCACCUCCUUCCCAAGCACAUACCGUUUGUUCUAAAACUCUGCUCAAAUAUUAGGAAGUAGUAGUAUGUUCACAAACGCAAUAAUGCGGCUACCAUUUUGUUUUAUAUCUAAAUUAAAUUAAUCAAAUAUGUC